GUCAAAUGUCAAAAUCGUAUGAAUACAACAUGUUGAUAUAGAUGCCAUAUUAGAUUAUAUAUAUAUAGUUUUAUAGUGAAUAGAAUCUAAUGCACUUUUAAAUACUAAAUUUUAUAUAGCAUUUAAAUCUUCUGGUAUUUGGACAGAAUUUUUUUCCUGAUGAAUGGGGAAAGAACUUUCACCAAGAGAAACUUUAUGGAAUUUGUUCAUAGAGUAACACCUAUUCAAAAUUUUUUCCUCCAAGAAGGUUGUGAAGCAGAUAAUGAUGUUCUUCAGGUCCUUUUUGAGCUUCAAAUGGACUUGGCAGAAGGAAUGAUAGAUGGGGCUUGUGCUUUUGCUCAACAUACAGGAAGAGAACAAGUAGUUGAAGAAGAUCUUUUGAACUAUUUAGAUACUUGUUGGAAACUAGAUCCAUUACUUAUUUCUGAAAAGUUUUACCGAGUUGAAGAAGCAGUUAAAGAUCUCUCUGCACCAACUGAGAAUCCUCCAGAGCAUAAAGGAAAAAAGCGAUCUGGAACUAAAAAUAAAGCGCAGCCAGCUACAUCAAAGGUUAAAAAAUCAAGUCAGACCAGACAAUCAAAACCAAAAUAAUAAAUUAAAAUCGAGUUUAACACAAAAAAUUUAAGAUGUAUGUUUGAACAGCCAUUUAUAAUUUCUUUAUCACCUUUAGAAGAACCAUGACCUUCAGUCAAAAUGUCUCAUUUAGAUUUAUUCAGUUUUUUGGGGAAAAAGUGUAAAUAAAAUGUAUGUAUAGUGUUGGUAUAUUCUCAAACCAUCUCUAAUGGCAUUAACAUGCAAUUAAAGAAUAAGAAGUUUGUAUUUUUUAAGUGCUGGCUGAAGGCUCUACUUUUUAAAGAAAAUACUGAACAUGAGUUUAAAAUUGCAAAACAACUUUCAACUGAAAUGCUUAAUCCAGAUUGAAAAGUUAAUAAAAUAUCUGAAAUAAAAAAGAUAAAUAAGAAAUCCUGUUGAAACAUGCAAAUUGUUAAUUUGACCCUGUUGAAACACUAUCAGAAGCAAGAAAUAUAUUCAUUAAUUGUUAAUAAUAGCUAAAAAGUACUAAAAUAAUUAUUUUUUUAUUUAUACAUUUUGUGAACUGCAUAUUUUCUAUGUUACUGAGUUAUAAUGCUAAUUUGUUAUUUAAAUUGUCACAAGGGUGAUCAUAUCAAUCAGUGUUAUCAACAUCAAUUUUUAUACCAUAUUUAGUGUUUCUUCUGCACAUGCUCUACAAUCAGUUACUUGAAUUAAAAACCACAGGCUUGGAAAUAAAUCAUUAUUUAAUCAUUUUAUUUAAAAUGCAAUAUGACUAUUCCAAUUUUUUUUUUUU